UCUUCGGACUGUCCCCGCCGGCUCCUGUCACUCCAUUUGCGACCCGAGCUGAAGGCUCCUGCGGUGUGGGGACACGGCUUCCCCGGUGCAGGCACUGUCCCUCCCUUUGGGACAGCCCCAUUGGGACAGACCUGGGGGGGGUCCCCUGUGGUCUCCCAAGCCCAAGGAAUGCAGAGAGUGACUUGUCCAUCCCGUUUCCAAGGCAACGAGGAGGACUAGGUCCGGGUCCCCCAUCUCUCCUCCCCUCCGGGACAGCAUGGGGAAGGUCUCGGGGAGUGCCACAAGUCCUCUGAUUCUCGGGGUCCCCUCCGACACCUCCCUCUACUGAAUAAGUCAGACUCCAGACUCAGUCCGACUCUGAAGUGCCCGGGCUCAUUUUAGAGUCUCCGAGCCCUCGAGAACCGCUCCCCGCUUGUGACACUUGCCUCCUUACACACUGGCUGCCCCCUUGCCUCCCCUGUCCCCCUGGCUCCUUGUUACUUCCGAGUCUUGGGAAGGUCCCCGGCCCUGUUUUAAGUCCUGUGUACCCGGUUCCCCUCUGGAGGUCAAAUCGUCUGUGGGGUACCUCAUUCCCCAGUGAUCCUGCCACCGCACCCCACCUCUAACCUCUACAUCCUGGUGAAUCAUCCUGUGGGGUUUCGCUGUUCCCUGGUGUAGCCCACAGGACCCUCCACCCCCUUUUUUCCUGUGUUGCUCCCCAGGCUGGUCCUCAUAGGAUCCCUUGACUGAGUCCAAGGGAGGACUGUUUAGGCCUGUCCCCCCCCCCAUUUCUGCUUUGAGGUACAGGGCUCUGUCCCUGUUAAACCUCCCUGAGGCGUGGCUCAGCAUCCAUCCAGUGCUCCCAGCACACUCGUCCCUCCUGAGUUACUGUUGGACCUCAGUGUCCCUUAGACAUCUUCCCACCCAUAAGGUCAAAACUUGCACCCCUUCUUUCCUGGUUCUCUUGUUACAUGGCUCUUCUCUCCCCACUUGGACCUUUGGGGUGAUUCUAGAGGCUCAGAUUAAAAAGUGUACUCCUCUUUUCCCCCAUCCAUGGACCCAAGAUGUGUACCAUAUACGUAGUCAGAGUUUUGAGACACUCGGGAUGGGAACAUGUGACCUGUACGGGUCCCAGGCACAGUCUUACUGCUUGCAGUCCCUGUCGCAUCCUGAAGCGUUGAGGGGAGCCCAAGCCUCUGUGUCCACCUCCUCCCUCAAUGGCUUGACCUCCCCUUCUGCUUGACCCUCUGGACCCCCUGUCAUACCUCAGUUGAACUUGACCCUUUGAAUCUCUGUAAUGGUGAACUAAUGCAGGUCCGGAGGGACCCCUGUGUCACAACCCCACACUGCCCUGAGUGUGAUGGAGACACUCCAUUCUUCCAGUAGCUUUCCUAUAAUGUGUCACAGUGGGCUGGAGAUUCUGUCUUUUGGGUUCCACUGGGGCUUAUGGGAGGCGAUCAUGGCAUUUGUGAAUGAAUGGACCAUUCAGAAGUCCCUUCAGUAGGUUUGAACGCCACCUUCAUCCUUUGGCCCCAUGUCAAGGGUCUCAGCUUUCUGAAGAGCCUGGGCUCGUGACACAGCUGAGUGCAUCCACUUCUGUCUGCCUGGGGUGUCGCUUCUCAUCGGGGCCCCAAGCUGAAUGCUCUAGAAGCCUUGGUACUGUUUAUAAACCCAGCCUGGUAGCUGGUGCCAGGGCGGGAAGUACGCUCCGGGAGAUGGAUGGAGGCUUCUUCCUGUGCUCCUGUCCUAGUGCCCUGCUGUCCCUAGCAGGCUGCUCUGGGCAGAGCAGCUGCUGAGAAACCCGACCCAGACCAUAUGGCAGCGACCUGGCUGCUGGGAUGCUUGCCAUCCGUCCUGGGUGACAGGACUCUUGGACAUCUGCAGGGGCCACAGAGCCCCCUGGCUCUGGCUGGACCAUCGCGGCCAGCUCCCCCUCAGUGCACCCCUCUUUUGGUCUCGGGUUUGGGCCUGUUCUAGUACAAACUGCUGAGUGUGCUGCGAGACCCUGCACGAGGUGGGAGCUCAGGGCCAUGUCGACAGUGCCCAAGGGCCACUUACCGUGGAGUCCCUGGAAAGUCACGGCUCCCCAACAGGAGCUCUGAAAAUUCUGGUAGCCCCUGGGCCAAACUCCAGCCCAGCCCAUUGUACCAGGAGGCCUUAGGUCAUGCUGUAGUACUGGUACCCCCAAGUCCCAGGUGCUUUUUGGGGCCCCCCAGGACACUGCUCUUGCUCCCCAGGGCCUUGUGCCCCAAGUGGCCAGGUAGCCACCAAAUGGGCUGGAUCCCUGGGGCUCCGGCCUCUGGGCUUGUGGGGUGGCCUUUCUGUGUCUUGCAGGCUUCUUUUGGGGCUCAGGGCCUGAGUCAGCCGCCUGUGUCUCCUCCUGCCACGUGGGCCAUCAGCCAGUCCCGUGGAAGUCCCAUUCUGCCUCCGGCUUUCAUUUAGUCCAGGCCAGCAGCAGGACUGAACACAGCAGGUCCCAGGGCCUGGCUGGCCUGGCUCCCAGGGAUUGCUUUCCACCGGUGGGGACCUGCCAUGCCCAGGUGUCAGCUGUUAACAUGGUGAUGAGCUUCCGAGUGUCGGACCUGCAGAUGCUGCUGGGCUUCGUGGGCCGCAGCAAGAGUGGGCUGAAGCACGAGCUGGUGACCAGGGCCUUGCAGCUGGUGCAAUUCGACUGCAGCCCGGAGCUCUUCAAGAAGAUCAAAGAGCUGUACGAGACACGCUAUGCCAAGAAGAGCGUGGAGCCCGGCCCUCAGGCGCCGCGGCCCCUGGACCCCCUGGCCCUGCACCCCAUGCCCAGGACUCCCCUGUCAGGACCCACCGUGGACUACCCCGUGCUAUACGGGAAGUACUUGAACGGACUCGGACGCCUGCCCACCAAGGCCCUUAAGCCAGAGGUGCGUCUGGUGAAGCUGCCCUUCUUCAACAUGCUGGACGAGUUGCUGAAGCCCACCGAGUUGGUCCCACAGAGUGCAGAGAAGCUGCAGGAGAGUCCGUGCGUCUUCGCGCUGACGCCCAGGCAGGUGGAGAUGAUCCGCAACUCCAGAGAGCUGCAGCCGGGAGUGAAAGCCGUGCAGGUGGUGCUGAGGAUCUGUUACUCUGACACCAGCUGUCCACAGGAAGAUCAGUACCCACCCAACAUCGCUGUGAAGGUUAACCACAGCUACUGCUCAGUGCCGGGCUACUACCCCUCCAACAAGCCUGGUGUGGAACCCAAGAGACCCUGCCGACCCAUCAACCUCACCCACCUCAUGUAUCUGUCCUCGGCCACCAACCGCAUCACUGUCACCUGGGGUAACUAUGGCAAGAGCUACUCCGUGGCCUUGUACCUGGUGCGGCAGCUGACCUCCUCAGACCUGCUGCAGCGGUUGAAGACCAUCGGUGUAAAGCACCCAGAGCUCUGCAAGGCACUGGUCAAGGAGAAGCUUCGCCUAGACCCCGACAGUGAGAUCGCCACUACUGGAGUGCGAGUGUCCCUCAUCUGCCCAUUGGUGAAGAUGCGGCUGUCGGUUCCCUGCCGAGCGGAGACCUGCGCACACCUGCAGUGUUUCGACGCCGUCUUCUACCUGCAGAUGAACGAGAAGAAGCCCACGUGGAUGUGCCCUGUGUGUGACAAGCCGGCUGCCUAUGACCAGCUGAUCAUAGAUGGGCUGCUGUCGAAGAUUCUGAGUGAGUGUGAGGACGCGGACGAGAUCGAGUUCCUGGCCGAAGGCUCCUGGCGCCCAAUCCGUGCGGAGAAGGAGCCGAGCUGCAGCCCCCAGGGCCCCAUCCUGGUGCUCGGCACCUCGGACGCCAACGGGCUGCCGCCGGCCUCCAGCACCCCCGGCGUGGGGGGCAGCGUGGGCGGCGCGCCGGGCGGCGCGGGCGGCGGGACGGGGGCGGCGGGCGGCCCGGAGAACGGGAAACCUGGCGCCGACGUGGUGGACCUCACACUGGACAGCUCGUCAUCCUCGGAGGACGACGACGAGGACGAGGACGAGGACGAGGACGAGGACGAGGGCCCCCGGCCGAAGCGCCGCUGCCCGUUCCAGAAGGGCCUGGUGCCCGCCUGCUGACGCGCCGGCCUCCCGCCCGCCCCUCCCCGGCUCCCGGCUCCCGAACCUCCGGACUCUCCUCUUGGGGGAUAAAAACAGUCAAGUGACAAAAAUGAGAAAAUACAAAACGAGAAAAGCGAGAGCGCACCAACACUUCCGCCGGCCGCAGCCCCCGCGCCCGGGCCGGCCUGGCCCCGCGGGGCGCAGGGACCUCGGACACUGGACGGCGCCGGCCCGGCCCCGGCGCGCAGUCGAGAAGCCAUGGUGGGGCGGCGGCCGGGGACAGCGGCCACAAUGUGCAAUAACGUGGUGUCGCGGACCCGCGUGGCGUGGGGGGUGUCGUUUUCUAGCCAGCUACCUCGGUAACUCCAAUUCAGGUUCACUUCCCCACGGGGCGGCCCCGCCGCGGGCUCGGGGCUCCUCGGCCGCCUCCUACCCCCGGGAGCCUCGCUCUUCCACCGCCCGCCGCCCUCCCCACCGACCCUGUCAGGAAGCAAUACCGGUCCGGUCCGGAGUGGGCGGCCUGGCGGUGUCACCGCAUGAACUCGCCGGGAGGCCGGGGCCCUGGCCAGCCGCGCGGCACUCUUUUCUAAUAUUUGUAUUCUAAUUUAAUUGUUUUUUAAAAAUGCAAAUAAAAAAAAAAAACAAGAGUA